GAUCUCAACCGAUUUUUGUGUGCGCCCGAAAUACCGACACAUUAGUCAGAUAGUUGUGUUGCUAGCGAUAACACGUUUCCAGAGCAGCAGCAGAGAAACGCACUUAUAAAUAAACUCAUAAGAAUAGAGAACAUCAACACGUGAGGCACACAUUGACUGCUGAUCCCGGCUAUUGGAUGCGAUGGAUAGCAAAGAUUGUAAUGGCGACGGUAGUUCAGCCUUUGAUGUUCACGCGACCGAGAGCAUGAGGGCUAAGACGACUACCAGCAAUGACGACAACUCGCUCGACGCUAUACUUGUUCGAAUUGGCCAAUUCGGACGAUUUCAGAUAAUCAACUAUGUGUUACUUUGUGUGCCGAUGAUUUUCAAUGCGUUUUUUUCAAUCUCAUAUGUCUUCACGGCUAGCACUGUGGUGCAUAGAUGCAACAUUACACAGUGUGACAGCCCCAGCAGUGUGUAUAAUGAACCGUGGGUUGAUUUUACCAUUCCCCACAAGAAGUCAGAAUUAGACGGCUGUAGUCGCUACGUUGCUCGUCAACCGGACCCUGACCAAUGCCAAGCCAGCAUAUUUUAUUCCAGCCCUUCAAGUGACUGUUGUGUGGCUGAAUAUUUUGGCAAUGAUACAGAGCGGUGCGGUAAGGAUUUCAAGUUCAGGGAUGAGGAGCACACCAUAGCAAAUGAGUUCGGCUUCUUCUGUGCUGAGGAAUGGAAAUUAUCUAUGGUGGGAACAAUAAAUAACAUUGGACAAUUUGUAGGAAUACCUUUGGGUGGAUUUUUUGCGGAUCGCUAUGGACGGCGUACGAUGCUUGCAGUUUCCGGUGUGCUGAGUGCCAUCAUGGGUAUAAUUCGAUCCUUUUCCACGAACUAUUACAUGUUCAUCAGCUUUGAAUUUCUGGACAUGGCUGUGGGCAGUACGCUCUUCCCCACAGCCUUCCUAUUGGCCAUCGAACUGGUCGGACCGAAGCGUCGUGUAGCUGCUGCCACCAUCAUCACCAUCUUCUAUUCUCUUGGUGAAGCCCUUCUUGGCUUCCUGGCCUCAAUAAUCCUUCAAUGGCGUAACUUGCUGCGGGUGCUCUAUGCACCCGCUCUUCUUCAGUUGUUUCUCCUUUGGAUAUUGCCUGAAAGCGUGCGUUGGUUGCUAAGCCAAGGAGAAGAAGAGCCCGCGGCGAAAAUACUGCGCCGUGCAGCAAAAAUCAAUAGGAAAGAAUUACCUGAAGCGGACCUUGAUGAGCUAAUGGCGAACAAUCGGGAGAAACUUAAACAGGCCAACGAAAGCCAGUAUCCGAUUGGAAAAGCCGUGAAGUUGUUCUCGGGGCGUAUCGCCAAUUGCUGCUUCUGCUGGUUCACUCACACCCUCAUUGCCCUCGGUUUGAGCCUUAAUUCGGUGAAUUUAGCAGGCGGAAGCAAAUAUAAUAAUUUUAUGCUCAAUGGCAUUGUGCAAAUACCUGGACUCUUAUUGCCUUUGGUUAUUAUGGAUCGCAUUGGGCGAAGGUAUUCGCUUUGUGCCUCCAUGUUGGUGUGCGCUGUCUGCAUGGCCAUGUCGACGGCUUUCGGAGCAGACAACUAUGCUGGUGCGCUGACGCUAUUUCUCAUUGGAAAAAUGGCUAUCACCUGCAGUUUUCAGAUCUUAUACUUUUUUACUUCGGAAAUCUAUCCGACCAAUGUGCGCAACAGCUUGCUUUCCCUUUGCUCAAUGGUGGGUCGGAUAGGAUCUAUGCUGGCGCCGCAGACACCUUUGCUAGCCAAGUAUUAUGUUUACGCGCCCCAAAUACUCUUUGCUACCUUUGCGUUGGUCAGUGGUUGCUUGACGUUAUAUUUUCCAGAGACUGCGGAUAAGGCACUGCCUACUACAAUGGAGGAGGCGCGCGAUUUAGCUGACAAGAAAAGGCGGAAAAGCGAAUCUUCUCAGCUGACGGGGUCAGGAUAAUGAUGAAAAUAGCAUUGGCUAAAGACAAGAGUAUAAAACAAGAUGCCAAAGAUAGCUUAAACAAUUUAUACAAUUUUGAAAGUAUGAUUUUCAAAAAUUACGCUUAUAUUACAAAUUAAGAGCUUUGUCUGCCAAUAAAUCUGGUUCUAUUAAAUCCUGCCAGGAAAUACAUAAGAAGCACGUUUCUAACCUUCGGUUGCACAAAAUGUUAUAAAUUUUUAUUCACCUAUAUAAAGAAUUCAUAAAUUCAUAAUUAAAUAAUUUUUAUAUGAAAUCACAAAUAUUUAUGAUAUGUAUGUAUAAAAUUUAAUUAUC